AUCUUCAUCAAUCAAUCAAACCUCUCUCUCUCUCUCUCUCUCUAUCAACAAUGGCUGAUCGGCAAGGCGGUUCCACCCAAACCCAGAGACCCACAAGACCCACCACCACCACCAACGACCACACUGCAUUUCUUCGAAGACUCCAUGAAAAUUCACCAAACUCAACCAGACUCAUUGGCUUCUUAACCCUCCUCAUCUCCGGAGCUAUACUCCUCUUCCUCACAGGAGUCACCGUCACCGCCACUUUCCUCGGCCUCAUCUUCUUCACUCCACUGCUCUUCAUUACGAGCCCCAUAUGGGUCCCGCUCGUCACCGUCAUCUUCGUCGCAGUCGCCGGAUUCUUAUCCCUUUGCGGCUUCGGCAUGGUCACCAUGGCGGUUAUGUCCUGGAUGUACCGCUACUUUCGCGGGUUUCACCCACCCGGGUCGGAUCAGGUCGACUAUGCCAGGAACCGGAUUGCCGACACGGCCAACCACGUGAAGGACUAUGCGAGAGUGUACGGCGGGUAUUUACAUAGUAGGGUCAAGGAUGCGGCGCCGGGCGCAUAAUAGCCGGUCGGGUUUUAUUUGGACAUGUUUGGUACUCAAUUUAGGUUUGUGUACCUUAAUUCUUUUUUUUUGUGUGUGUUUUUGUUUCUGAGGUGAAUCCUUCAUGUGUGGUAUGGAAAUCGGAAAUCGGGUAGUUGUGUUAACUUUAAUGUGGUUUUUUGGGGAUGUUUGUUGGUCUUGCACUUGAUUGAUUUUGGGCUCACGCAUAAAGAUUUGACUAAUGCGGAAGAUUUGAUUAAUAGAUUUUAGAAUUAAUUGAGUUGUACGGUAAU